CCAGACACAACACCACGAACGGCCCUUUUUCCCCCGACAAACAGCCUCUUCGUCAAGCUGCAAGCUUACGCUAUCAACCUCUCAUACAACAGCCGCAUUCUCCCUCAAGCAUGUCCUCCUUCCUGCUCCGACGCUCCGUCGCCGCCUCGGCGGGAGCUGCCCGCGCCUUCAGCACCAGCUCGCCUCGCUCCGUCGCCCGCAUCACCAUCGUCGGCAACCUGGCCGACACGCCCGAGGCCUCGGCCUCCCAGUCGUCGGACAAGGAAUACAUUAGGUACACGGUGGCGAGCAACAGCGGGAGCAAGGAGAACCGCCAGACGAGCUGGUUCCGCGUCACGAGCUUUGUGGAUGGGCCGCGCAAGGACUUCCUGCUGAGCUUGCCCAAGGGCACGCUGGUCUAUGUCGAGGGUGAUGCGUCCAUCUCCUCUUACACGGAUUCUAGCAACUCAGUCCGACACGGCCUCAACAUUGUUCAGCGCAGCAUUGAGGUCCUGAAGCGCCCUUCGCUCCCUGAGCAGGGCGAGUAAACGAGCAGCCGACGCAAAAACUCGGGUCUGGCUCGAAAAUUGGUGGGGAUAUGGAGGGGUGUUUUUGGCGAACCACGAGGCGGGUUGAACGAUCUGCCAUGUCACUCAAUGUGUGAUUCUAUGUUAUAGCGGACAAAACGAACUCUCGGCUCUUCUUCUCUUGUUUAGGUUUUAUGCGACGUAUGCUCUGAAGCCUUUGCUCUGGAGCAUUCAUA